AUGUUUUCCUCGGCGCCCAGGGCAAUCGGUAGCCUACUACUGUUGUUUCAGCUCGUAUCGAGUGUGCCUACCCCUCAGAAUACUGCGCCGCCCGUCUGUGAUACCGCGAACUUCGACAGCUUUCCCACCUCACUCCUAAAUGUCAACUACAUCGGCAACUACAAAAAUAUAUACUGGCGGGCUAUGACAGUGGGUAGUAGCACACUACAAGUCACCGGUGUUCAAGCCCACUCCGGCAACAAUGUAGCCGCAUGGAGCUUCAACAGUAUUCUAUCACAGGGAAUUCCAGCGAUGCUAGCGGACUACCAAGAUAGCGAAACAGAAAGUUUUGAUCUCUGCGGCUUCGCAUAUGGAUGUGCUUUACCGACAGGUCAAGGUACUAUUGCUAUUCCAAGCAAAUGCACACUUACUGUCACGGGACACUUUGCCGACGGUCAGACGAUCAAUAAGGUCUUUAAGUAUACCCCGAAGGGUUUGCGAGAGAAAAUGGUGAAGACGCCAGAUGGAUUCUUCUCCGAGUUUAAGGGAUUGAAGAAAGUUACGUUUGAGACUAGGGGAUUGCUAGGAAUUCCAGCGACUGCGGUGGGGUUGAUUGAUGAUGUUAGUUAUUCCGUGAAACUGAAGGCUUAA